UGGAUCCAAUUUAUAGGUUUUCGUAAUAAAUUGAGGUUUCCCUUUCACUUAGGAAAACCACCGGUAGAUAAAAACGCUGCGUUUGUUACACAUGAAGCAAACCAAUAAAAUAACAGUCUCUCAGUCCUCCUUUCCUUCCAAAACCCCUCCAGAACCCUAGAUCGUUACUCCUCCGUCAUUUCCGUUACUCCUCCAUCGAAAUGCCUGACGUCGCAGCGGAUUCUGCGGCUUCUGCCAGCUGUGGCGAGUUAGUCCCAUUCGUGCCAGACACUGAAAUCUCCGUGGUGUACCCGCUUCACCAUGGCCUAAAACCUCCAAUCUCUCGCGUCUCAAUCUCCUGGGCCCGAGGAAACAAUCUCCGCGUGUCAUUACUCCGUAACCCGCCUUCCAAUUCCGACUCCGACGGAGAAAUUGGGGGAAAAGUUGUGGAGGUAAAUCUCGACAGCGGAGCCGCCGACGUCAGAGAACCAGCGCAGUGGAGGCGCAUUGCCUACGGCUCUGUUACACCCUUCGCGCUCCUUCAAAGUCGCAAGAAUUCAGCUUCAAUUUUAUCUAAAUUACAAUCAAGUCCCUCUCCAUUUCACCUUGACUGGUGGGAGUAUGUAAUGGAGUAUAGCAAGGACAUAAAAGAACUACUUGGGAAUCCGAAGUCAAAUUAUAAUCCUUUAAUUGAAGAUCCUAAAGAAGUUUUAAAGAAAGGUGAGGAACCAACGAGCUUAAAGGCAGCAUGGGAGCUGAUGGAAAUGUUUUAUGCAGACAAAUUAUGUCAGAGUUGGUUGCCAGAACGCCUUGUCGAUUGGUUGGCUGAUUAUGAUUGCCUGUUAUCAGGUGACCAGCCAGCUGUUCAUUCAAAACUUGUGGAGUUUCAAGGGACACUAGUUACCUUACAGGUCAUUGAAGAUGAUCCUAAAUAUUGGGAGGUGAUAUCAUCUGCACUAGCAGUUGGUUGGCUAGAGAUUGUGGUGAAACUUUUGCGCUUGCAUGGAUCUUAUCAACUGGAUCAGAUUGGCCCUAGAGAGACAGAGAAUGGGCUAGUUGAGACUGUAGCUGUUCUAAUUUCAAUGAUGCCACGCAUGCGUCCAGAAUUAAAAAAUGGAAAAUUAGGUGAAUGCUUUAAAGCCAAACCUGAUUUUAUGAAGGCAUGGGAGAAAUGGCGAGAACAAAUAACUAAGCUGGAUUCCAGCGCAUUCUGGGUUCUAUGUGAUCACCAUCAAACCAGGGAGGGCUUGAAAAAUCUGAUCCAGAUCAUGCUGGGAAACACCAGGAUUCUCUGCACUGCAACAUCCCAUUGGAUAGAGCUGUAUAUAUCUCACUUCCUGUUCAUAAGGCCAUUCACUGUUGGGUUUGAAAGCAUGUACAACCUAGCUCAGAAAUGCAUUAAGAUGAAACCAAUGUCUAGUCCACAUAAGCUGCUGCGGCUAAUAAUUGGAAUUAUUGGGGAAAAUACUGAGGUUGUAUUGGCUGAAUGCUCAAGAGGGUUUGGUCCUUGGAUGGUGACUCAUGCCAUAGAGUUAUUGACUGCUAGGAGCGACCAAGCUGAUAUUCUUUUACACAAGGAGCAUGAUGACAUAGGGGGAAUAAGUAUGGAAGAGCUCCAUCGUCUUGUUUAUGCUCAAGUUCUAACUUCUCACUUCUUGACUUGGCAAAUUGCUCCUGUUUACUUGACAUCAUGUAUGAGGCAAGGAAUGAGUUUGUUGGAGGUUUUAUUAUACAGGCAGCCUGCCCAACACAAUCAAUUGUUGCUUAAGAAUUUAGAAAUUUGCCGUCUGUAUGAACUCGACCAUGUCAGCUCAAACAUUAUGAAGAUUGCUGGAGUGUACCACUGGAAGCAUGGCAGGAAAGGUUUGGGAGUUUUCUGGCUUCAGCAAGCUCGGGAUGAAUUUCUCCUUAACAAGAUUGCCCAGCAGUUGUUUGAUUCUGUUGGAAAGUCAAUCUCUGGUGAAAGCUUCAAGCAAUGGGAGGGUUUAAUUGAAUUGUUGGGUUCGGAAUCAAAGCCUGCUGGGAGUCUUGAGUUUCUGCACAAGUAUAGGGAUUUCAAGAAAUUGCUACAGCAGGUUUGUGAGAGGAAAACUCCAGAUGCUGCUCGGCAUGCUGCUGACUUGCUCAUGUUGCUUAUGAAGAACCCUUCUACUCCUCAACGUUUCUGGCUGCCUCUUCUUUAUGAUUCUUUGACACUGCUUAGCUGGCAAGGGCGACCUUUGCUAAAUGUCUCCCAAACAAACCUUUUGUUGAAUAAACUGCAAGAAUUGUCCAUGGCAAGCCUGCGACCAGGCAUUGUUGCCACUGACUUGCCAGCAGAGGCAUUAGACUCUGUUAGGCUAGCCCUUGCUACAAAUCUUGGGCGUGCCAUCUUAGAAGAACAGUGAUGCUUUGUUUUUGACAUUCAUGAAGAUUUUAAUGCACAGUACGUUUUGCUACCUUAUCUAUUUUCCUUACGACCAAGCAUUCAAGCCACAUGAUCACCAUCAUUUCGAAGGAAUGUUGAUGGUGGAUUUGGAAUUCGGUUCAUGCUUGUGUAACUCGUUUGUUUAAAGUUUUGCGUUGCCAAUGUUUCACAAGAGAAACCACUACUAUUUCUAGAAGUUUUACUUUGAGAAGGCUGCAGA